AUCAACUGCAUUUCGUAAUCGGAUAAAUACACUCUGCACACUCUGUGUUGCAGUACAGAAUAAAAAAAAUAGAAUUGGAGCAAAGUUGCCGAAUUGUUUUCCUCGGGUCUUUUUCUUUUGGAGGAGUUAAAAAUAAUAUCGCAGCGAGAAAUUCGAACGGAACAUAAGUUGGGAAUUGUGUAGAGUUGAGGGGCGAUCCAUAAUUGUGAUAUAAUAUUUGAUAAAUUUGUACAAAGUUAUUAUCGCAUCACCGGGCGACAGACAGGAAAUUGAGCCAUAGCAAAUCUGACAAGACAAAAAAUCAAACAAAAAGACUCAGUGACUAACUACAAUGGGUACACCACAAUCUCCCACCCGUAUGUUCAAUGGCCUGGAUGAAGAUAUAUACAAUGAAGCAAAAUUCGCACAUGAAAUAAAUGACAAAAUGCGUGUUCCUAAGCGCAUUAAAGCUACAGGAGAAUUCUCCGACGAAGAUUUAUUGUUAUCCAAUCAGAAUGGCUUAAUGAAUUCGUGGAAUUACCAUGAUAAGAUUGACAUGAACGUACCAGAUCGUAUAGUGGUAUUGGGUCAUAAUCAACAUCUAGAGACACGUUCAGCACCACUUGAAAUACAACUGGAAAACUCAAUUUUACCAAAGAAUCCGGCGAUGAGCAUGGUGCGUGUGCAAACACCACCGCGCGUUAUAACACUUAAUGAUCACCACUUCCCUUCUGCUUCUGAAGAAAGCUCACCACAUCGGUACGGCGAUGGUGCUGACUUGGAAGAUGGUGAUUAUGAUGACGACGAUACACGUCCACCACCUUAUGUGCGUGCUAACGGUGUAGCACAUGCACAAGUAGGAUUCCACCCAGUCGACUCGAAUUCGGUGGAAUCGGAUUCACAGUUGACUACUGGUGGAGGAAGCAAACGUUCGCAACAGCUGGCGUAUAAUAAUGAGACAUCUCUUGUCAGUCAUCGGGAAGGUACACCAAUUGGAGAACUUACGCCACACGAAGAGAUUCUAUACUUGCGUCGACAAUUGGCCAAAUUAAAUCGUCGAGUAUUGAAUAUCGAAAUCAACAAUGAGCAACGUUUGCAACGUGAGAAAAUCGUAUAUUGCUUGGGCUUGGCGUAUUUCGUAUUGAAGGCUGUUUUUUGGCUGAAUCGUAAUUGAAGAUUGCUUGCGGAUGAACUUAAAUCCGAAGGCAAUAUUAAUGCAGUUGGUCGCCAUACAUUUUCGUGGUAUUUUACAAAUCGUCUAAAUUUAUUGAGAAUCGAGGGAGAACAUGGCUACGGAAAAUGUUGUUGUGAAGGGAUGCUAGUGGAAAGGACCGCCAACAUUAAUACAUACAUACAUGAGUAUCAUAUUAUCCAUUAAUUUGUUCUUUGUAAUCGUAACAAUGAUGAAAGUGUAUUUUUGAAUUUAAUCUGAUUGCCUUCGAGCGCUUUCAUUUUUAUUAGACUAAAUUAUUCCGAUAUUGUUGUUUAGCAUAUACAUAUUAAGCAUAUAUCGGAUUAAAAAGCAAGUGGUAAAUGCGGCGAGUACUUGGGUGUUUUAUAAGAAAUACAAUUUGGAGAAAAAGACUUGCUUAUUUGACUGCUUGUAUUUAUUUCGAUGUAUGUCUUUAUUGUAAUACAUUUUGAAGAUUUUUAAACUCCAAUAAGAAUAGCAGAACCUAAAAAAUAUUUAACGUGAUUUAUUUCUGACUUCCUUGGUUUUGCAGUAUAUUGCAAACUUUUAACUUUAUUAGUAUUCAUACAAGCCUAUUUUUAUUUUUUACACUUUUAAUUACAAUGAUUUCUACUUUAAUGCCAUAUUAUUGUUAAAUAUAUAAAAAAUGAAAGAAAAAAGAAACCAGUUAAAAUAAUACGCAGAACGUGUAAAUUAAAUGAUUUACUUAAUAAAAAUUCGGAUGGUUUUGAAACAGCUGUUGCUAAGCGCUAUAAAAACUGUCAACGUUAUUCGUCUAGUUCUAAGAUUUAUUAAGAUUACUUUGAGGAACAAAACAAGUUUGCCACUUUGAAAGUUCUAUCUACCAUGCAAAGUAUGAUACUUUUUAGUCACGAUGGCUUUACAUUACAUUGAGGAAGAAAGCAAGGUUUUUCAAUGGUUGAAAUUCAUGAUGAGAAAUAAAGAAAUACGAAUAUUAACACAAAAGAUCAUCUCUUACAGCCAAGUAAAAUUUGUAUAACAAAGAUUGAAAAUAAAAUGGAAGCUUAGUGUUAAAGUGUAA